CGUCGACAUCAGUACUCUCGGACGAUAUGAUUGUGAUAACGCCGGGUCGAUAAAUCACAUGGCGCCUAGGACCCUUGCCCCGGAGCCGCAGCACAGACGGUUCUGGAAUCCCGGCCGGUGUACACGUUUCCUUUCGCACCUGCUCUGCAACUUCUUCUUCUAUAAGUAUUGUUGCUCUUUGCUCUUGGAUACCAGCGCUUGUUUAUCACGACGCAAUGAGUUCUAAUCCUGGUGAGCAUUUCUGAAGGUGGAAUCGGUCGGUUGGGGAGGGCUGAUAAGGGUGCCGCAGAAACGACGCACAAGCUGAUCUACUCGAUCUUGCAGUUCCUCCAGACUUCUCUGGAUAAUGGAACUGUAAGGGCCGACGACAGAGAGGGUGUUGAAGUUGCUGUUCAAUGCAUCGGUGAAGCAUUCGACGUUGACCCAACCAACAAGUCGCUGGCUGUUGACAAGCCCUUGCAAGAGAUCUUCAAUUCGUACCUCUCUGGUGGCUCUACACCGAUUCCCACGCCCGCCUCCAUCAGCUCGGCGCCUUCUAAGCCCUCCGCGUCUGACCUCGCCGAAGCCGAGAAACUCAAAUCGCAGGGUAACGCACGGAUGUCCGCGAAGAAGUACCAAGAAGCGAUUGACGCGUACACGUCUUCCAUCGCUCUAGACGGGACAAACCCGGUGUACUUCUCAAACCGUGCGGCAGCGUACUCUUCCCUGGGGGAUCACAACGCCGCAGCGGAGGAUGCGGAGCGAGCGCUGGCAGCAGACCCCAAGUUUUCCAAGGCAUAUAGUAGGCUCGGGCACGCAAGGUACAGCAUGAAGCAAUACGCGAAAGCGGCGGAUGCGUUCCGGAAAGGCCUGGUGCUGGAUCCGUCCAAUGCGAACAUGAAGAGUGGGCUGGAGAAUGCUGAAGCUCGUGUGAGCGAGGGAGCCGAUGAGGAUGAUGAGGACGAGGACCCGAGGCAAACUGCACCUGCGCCUGCCGCUGCUGCACCGGGAGGGUUCGACUUUAGCAGGGCGGCGGAAAUGCUCGGCGGGAUGGGUGGGGGACGGGGAGGUGGGGCAGGUGGGGGAAUGCCCGACUUGGCUGGGUUGAUGAACAACCCGCAGGUUAUGCAGGCUGCUCAGCAGAUGAUGGCAAACGGUGGACUGGAGCAGGUCAUGAACAACCCGAUGAUGCGCAACCUUGCCCAGCAGUUCAUGCAAGGACAGGGCCGCGGCGGUGGUGCAUAAGUGACAAAGUACCUGGUUAGGGUCAGUGGUUGUACAGUUGCAGGGCUCAAGAUGCCCGGUUAGCCUGUUUUGAUGAGAUAAUUCCUUGCAUGAAAUGGAUAAACAGUUGCACGCAUGCCUCGAGAAUAUGAAU